UGCAGACCUGCAGGAUCGACUUCUUUGCGAGGGAACCCAGGGCCCUGAGGGGGGCGGUGCCGUAGGGGUGAUACCGCUGUAUAAAAAGGCCCCGAGGUGAGUGCUGAGUAGUGUCACUGCCUGCAGAGCCAGUAGCAAGCCCAACCAUGAGGUCCCUGAUCGCCGUCGUCUUCUUCGCCCUUGUUGCCACCGCCUUCGCCGGAUACUUUGGAGGCUACGGCGGUUACGGCGGAUACGGUGGCUACGGCGGCUAUGGAGGGUAUGGUGGCUACGGCGGAUACGGUGGAUACGGCGGCUAUGGCGGCUACGGCGGACAUGGCUACGGCUACCCAGUCGGCCGCGCGUUCGCCUACCAUACGCACAUCAAGCACGGAUACGGCGGUUACGGUGGAUACGGACUCGGUGGAUAUGGUUACGGACACGGAUACUACGGCUGAAGACACGUUAGGCUGACGCGAAGUCUCUCUCAUUCUGGGCCAAAAAAAUUCUCAUUAAGAAUGUUACUUCGCCGAAAAUAAAAUCUCAGCGAACACACA